GUUACAUUAAUAAUUUUAGACCAAUCAAACAUACAAACACUCCAUGUUCAUAUCACCACCCAAGUAAAAUUCAAUGAAAAGUCACAACCCAAAUAUAAAAAAUUGCUUUAUUAAAGUUUAGAACCAUAACCAAGUGUGUUUGUAAACAUCAAAAACUUGUAUUUAAAUCCAAAUAUUGUAUUCUAGUACCCCACUUGAAAAUUUAUUACCUACCCACACAACUUGCUUCUGAUCCUCAUCCAUUAACAAUUCAAAUAAUGACAAACAAAUCUUCAAAGUCCAACCAAUUGAAUCCAGAAAUUUUAAGUCGUUUCUGAUCCAAAAUCCAAUCCAUACCCAAAAAUCAAAAAAUGAGUUUGAACAAAGCAAACUCAGUAAGAUUAUCAAAACCCAAAUCAGUCCUUCCAUAUGAAACCCAAAAGCUUAACAAUCUAUACAAUUUAGGCAAAAUCCUAGGGCAAGGUCAAUAUGGAACCACAUAUUUAUGCACAGAAAACUCCACCGGACAAAAAUACGCCUGCAAAUCAAUACCCAAAAGGAAGCUUAUAUGUAAAGAAGAUUGUGAAGAUGUUUGGAGGGAGAUUCAAAUAAUGCACCAUUUAGCAGAACACCCAAAUGUAGUGACAAUAAAAGGAGCAUAUGAAGAUUCAAUUCAUGUUCAUUUGGUAAUGGAAUUGUGUGAAGGUGGAGAGCUUUUCGAUCGAAUCGUAGAGAAAGGACAGUAUAGUGAAAGAGAAGCAGCUAAAUUGAUGAAGACGAUUGUGGGUGUUGUUGAAGCUUGUCAUUCGUUAGGGGUUAUUCAUAGAGAUCUUAAGCCUGAGAAUUUCUUGUUUCAGACUACUCUUCAGGAUUCUGUGCUUAAAUCUACUGAUUUUGGUCUUUCGGUGUUUUUUCAGCCAGGGGAUAGCUUUAGUGAUGUGGUUGGGAGUCCAUUCUAUGUAGCUCCAGAAGUAUUGAAGAAACUUUAUGGGCCAGAAGCUGAUGUUUGGAGUGCAGGUGUUAUAUUAUACAUCUUACUUUGUGGUGUUCCUCCUUUUUGGGCUGAAACUGAUGCAGGGAUAUUCAAGCAGAUAUUGCAAGGCAAGAUCGACUUUGAGACACGACCAUGGCCAAGCAUCUCCGAUGGUGCAAAGGAUUUAAUUACCAAAAUGCUUGAAAGAGAUCCCAAGAAAAGACUCACAGCCUUUCAAGUGCUUAGUCAUCCAUGGAUUGUGGAUGAUACAAAUGUACCUGACAAGCCUCUUGACUCUGCUGUUUUAUCACGCUUGAAGCAAUUUUCUGCCAUGAACAAGAUUAAGAAGAUGGCUUGCCGGGUGAUAGCAGAGAGACUUUCAGAAGAAGAAAUUGGCGGUUUAAAAGAGCUAUUCAAAAAAAUAGACAAAGAUCGUAGUGGAAGUAUAACAUUUGAUGAGUUGAAAAAUGGCUUACGAAGGGUUGAUUCAAAGAUUAAGGAAUCUGAAAUUCAGGAUCUUAUGCAUGCAGCAGAUGUGGAUGAAAAUGGAAGCAUAGACUAUGGAGAAUUUGUUGCUGCAACUCUUCACUUAAACAAGUUAGAGAGAGAAGAGAAUUUGGCAUCUGCAUUUGCAUACUUUGACAAAGAUGGUAGUGGUUAUAUUACUAUUGAUGAGCUCCAACAAGCCUGCAAAGAACUUGGUCUCAAUGAUCAUCACCUUGAACAUUUUAUCAAAGAGAUUGAUCAAGAUCAUGAUGGGCAAAUAGAUUACGGAGAAUUUGUUGCGAUGAUGAGGAUGGGAAAUGGAGUUGGCGGAAGGAGAACCAUGAGAAGCAAUAUUAAUUGUGAUGCUGCUGCUCAAUCUCUUCAGGAAUCCCACACAUCAUUUAAUGACAAUUAGAGUUCAAUUGUUUCUUUUUUAUCAUCAAACAUAAUUUCCUUAUUUUAGGAUAUUAAUUUACCUUAGGAGAUGUGGGGGAAUUAUUUACCUUGAAAUCAAUUUCUUUUUUAAUUUAUAUUUUUAAUUUACUCUUAUUUAUCUCUAUUACAAUUGUUUCAGUAA